AAUGUUUGUGUCACCCCGAAGAUGGAGCUCCCGCAGGGCCCCCCUGGCCAACGCGCCCGCCUGCCUGCCCUCCUCAGCCUGCUAUCACUCGGCCUCUCCGCAGCAUCCCUGCUCAGCGACCGGUGGUUUGUGGGCACACAGAAGGUGCCCAAGCCCGUGUGCGGGAAAAGUGUGGCAGCCGAAUGCCCUGAGCUGCCAGUGCCCCUGGACGGGGAUGUCACCAACGCAUCCGCCGCGGCGGUGGUACAACUCAGCUGGGCGGCUGGGGAUGACGGCUUCGCCUUCCCUGCCUUCCACAGUGGCCUGUGGCUAUCCUGUGAGGAGACCGUGGAAGGGCCAGGGGAGAAAUGCCGAAGUUCCACCGAACUCACACCACCAGCCCAGAGAGCCAUCCUCUGUCUCGCCCUGGGGUCCCAGGCCGCCCACCUCGGCCUUGAACUCCUCAGCGUGGUCCUGCUGCUGAGCCAUCUGCUGCUGGCGCGCCGCGCGGGCUGUGGGCUGCAGCUCAGCGCCUUUGCCGCCGUCUGCUCUGUCCUGUCGGGCCUUCUGGGCAUGGUGGCCCACAUGAUGUACUCGCAAGUCUUCCAGGCAACCGCCAACCUAGGUCCGGAGGACUGGAGACCCCACGCUUGGACUUACGGCUGGGCCUUCUACACAGCCUGGCUCUCGUUUACCUGCUGCAUGGCAUCGGCCGUGACCACCUUCAACACCUACACCAGGACGGCGCUGGGGUUUGCGGGUGGGCUCCACGGGGGCUUCCACGCCGCGCCGCGCCCCUGCCUUCCCCGGCAGCCUCCCUGCGCGCCGCCGCCCGAGGGGCCCCCGCGCGGCUGCCCCCUGUGCCACGAGCCGCCCGUGCGCUCCGUGUCCGCCGGCGUGGAUUUCCUCGUGGCCGCCCAGCAAGCCGGUGGCCGGGGCCCAGGGGGCCCCACGGGAGCCUCCGUGGAGGAGGAGCAGUGCUAG